UUGGGCGGAAGUUGUCGUGACUGUAAUGAGGUCGUACAUCCCUGUCCUUCGGGUAAGGGCGGAAGUGUUAACAUUCGGGAAGUGACGACAGAGUGUCAACAUGCAAGAUGGCAGCUCAUCACAGGCAGAACACGGCGGGGCGGAGGAAAGUUCAGGUCUCCUAUGUGAUUAGGGAUGAAGUGGAAAAAUACAAUCGCAAUGGGGUGAACGCCCUGCAACUCGAUCCGGCACUAAACAGACUCUUCACAGCUGGCCGAGACUCCAUUAUCAGAAUAUGGAGCGUCAAUCAGCACAAGCAAGACCCCUACAUAGCAUCUAUGGAACACCACACAGACUGGGUGAACGACAUUGUACUGUGCUGUAAUGGAAAGACAUUAAUAUCUGCCUCUUCUGAUACCACUGUUAAAGUAUGGAACGCGCACAAGGGAUUUUGCAUGUCAACCCUGAGAACACACAAGGAUUAUGUGAAAGCCUUAGCUUAUGCAAAAGACAAAGAAUUAGUGGCAUCUGCAGGACUAGACCGACAAAUCUUCCUCUGGGAUGUAAAUACUCUCACUGCACUAACUGCAUCCAACAAUACUGUCACUAGGCAGCAGCGAUGUAUAGCAACCUACAGGGUCCACGAUGAAGGGGUGUGGGCGCUCCAGGUGAAUGAAGGCUUCACACAUGUCUACUCGGGGGGAAGAGACCGGAAGAUCUACUGUACAGACCUGAGGAAUCCGGACAUGAGGCUGCUCAUCUGUGAGGAGAAAGCACCAGUGCUAAAGAUGGAACUUGAUAGAUCUGUGGAUCCCCCUGUUGCUCUUUGGGUUGCAACAACCAAAUCAUCAGUAAAUAAGUGGCCUAUAAAAGGUAUAAUGAACUUCAGAUCCUCAGGAGAUUAUGAAAAUGACUGUAGUACACCAUUGAGUCCAAUCUGUACCCAGCCUGACCAAGUUAUUAAAGGUGGUGCAAGCAUUAUUCAGUGUAACAUUCUGAAUGACAAGAGGCACAUACUAACCAAAGACACAAAUAACAAUGUGGCAUAUUGGGAUGUGUUGAAGGCUUGCAAAGUUGAAGAUUUGGGAAAAGUGGACUUUGAAGAAGAAAUUAAAAAGAGAUUUAAGAUGGUUUAUGUCCCAAACUGGUUCUCUGUUGACCUGAAAACAGGGAUGCUGACCAUCACUUUAGACGAGAGCGAUUGCUUUGCAGCGUGGGUGUCUGCCAAAGACGCCGGCUUCAGCAGUCCAGAUGGGUCCGAUCCAAAAUUAAAUCUUGGGGGACUCUUAUUACAAGCAUUACUAGAGUUUUGGCCCAGAACUCAUAUAAACCCUAUGGAGGAAGAAGAAAAUGAAGUAAAUCACGUGGCAAACGGUGAGCAGGAAAAUCGGGUACAGAAGGGCAAUGGCUAUUUCCAAGUGCCACCUCAUACUCCAGUUAUCUUUGGAGAAGCUGGAGGGCGCACUCUCUUCAGGUUACUUUGUAGAGAUUCUGGUGGAGAGACUGAAUCCAUGCUCCUUAAUGAAACUGUUCCACAGUGGGUGGUAGACAUAACUGUGGAUAAAAAUAUGCCCAAAUUCAAUAAAAUCCCAUUCUACCUCCAACCACAUUCAUCAUCAGGUGCAAAAACCCUGAAAAAAGACCGAUUGUCCGCUAGUGACAUGCUGCAGGUCAGGAAGGUGAUGGAACACGUCUACGAGAAAAUUAUAAACGUGGAUACAGAGUCUCAGACUACCAGCUCCUCGAAUAAUGAGAAACCAGGAGAACAAGAGAAGGAGGAGGACAUUGCUGUGUUGGCGGAAGAGAAAAUUGAGCUUCUAUGUCAAGACCAGAUUCUGGAUCCUAAUAUGGACCUGCGGACUGUGAAACAUUUCAUUUGGAAAAGCGGUGGCGACUUAACCCUUCACUACCGCCAGAAGUCGACGUGAAUGGAUUCCAAGGAACAGCGACACUGACGUUACCGUUUUGGACUAAAAACUAGUACUGUAUGAAAGCCCUACUGAACUCUUAUACAUACUAUAGGUGUCAAUCGAGCCAGUAUGGAUGUUCACAUAUACCUUUAGUCAACCUACCUGUAACAGAUCCCAUCACUUUAGUUCCUUUUGGGUUUCAACAUAAAAUGACCACAGAUAGGCAAACCAUUGUUAUUUGUGUGUGUUUUAAUGUACAGAGUUGUUGAUAAAGAGUUCUAAUACUUUCAAUGAUCCCUUCCAUUUCCAUUCAUGUGGAAUUGAGCGCGUUGAUCCCAUUUUGGGUGCACAUUCCGGUCCACAAAUAGUCCUUUUAAAAAACCCUUGGGGAGGGGAUUGAGAAAUAUAAUUGGUUUGCAAAUGACGUUUGUGCUAUUCAUGGGCUUACCUGUCAAUGUAAUAAAGGAUGCCGCCAUAUUGGGGACAAGCAGUAAUGGGAUUUUGGCAGAAUAGCACAGCAGCCCUAUCUACACAUCAGUGAACAAUGGCAAACUGUUCUUGUGGAACAAUUUCCGUGUAUGGGGAAUACUGUAUGCCAUGUGUCCAGACACGGCGUGCCUCCUGAUGCUGUGCAUCAUAUGACGUUAAACAGUACCACACUUUGGGUCACGUCCUGCAUUAUGGUGACUUAGGGCAAGAUCAGAAGCGUUUUCACUGGCAAGAUAUUUUGUAGCAUUAACAUUGAGAGAUUGUGGAGCUCCUGGAAAGUAAUCCGAUAAUUUCAUACAUAGUGGGAAUGUAAAUAGAGUUUUUGCCGAUAGAAAUAUGUACAGGUUGUUUGGUCAUGAAUUGCCAUUUUAGGGACAAAAUUGGUGAUUUUGUAAAUACUUCAUUUUAAUUAAAAGUAGAGGAUGUCAGAAGACAACUAGUUCUCAAGCGAAUCGCCACCUUUUAUGAUCAUGUAAUUUUUUGGCCAAAAAAAUCAACAUUUGAUUAACUUGUUUAAAUAUCUGUAUAAUGGCGGAAAGCUUGGUUUUCGGAUACAGAGCUCCAGAUAUCUUGCAUUGCCAUAGAUUUAAAAGAUGUAAGUCACCUUUGGACGGAGCUUCGGAGCCUUUUACAUAUCAUUGAGUUCAAUGUCCAAACAGUAUGCAGUAAGCUUCCUCUAGGUAGGCAGUCAGUAUGUCAUCUUUCAGAGGUCUUCAGGAAAUGACCUAUUGUAUAAGUGAUUGCUUUUAUUGUUUAAAUAAUAAAGUUUUUAUGUUAAACAUAUUUUUAAAGAUGUUUAUUUUAAUUUUCCACAGCACUGCCUAGAUAUUAAAAUAUUCCUGAAAGCCUGCGUUUUUCUUCCUGGCCACUAAGCUUAAAGGGGUUAUGCAGCAAGAGGGUGUUAAUUUUUUUUUUUUAAUUAUUAUUAUUAUUA